AUGUCAAAAAGUCUGCCAAAGGAAUUCCACGGCCUUUUCAGGCCAGUGGUCACUGAGAGGCAGAAAGAUGGGCCGAAACGAGGUGCAGGCAAACCUCCUCAGAUUGCGAGAUAUCUCGAGAAAUGCAGCGCGGAUGUCGUCCCGAAGACGCCGGAUUCCAAACCAGUCUUGGAGUUGCAACCAAACCCGUCACCGUUCGCAGUAUAUGUCGCGAUCCGCGGAUGCUUGCAGGAGAGAAGGUCGCGAUGCGAGAAACCCGCCCAGAAGCCGGAUCAGGAGCGAGAUAGCGACGAGCGGAAAGUCAUUCCACUACCCAAAUUGGUUCUCAUGGGCUUGAAUGGGAUGUUGGAUUUGAUCAAAGGGAGCUGUCGAACCCAUCCUGAUCUCUGCAUCAGGGUCUUGCGAAGUCUCCUGGACACAUUGCAAGGAUUGGCCCCAGAAGCCAUGAAGGAUGAACCCAAAGAAACGAUAGAUAAGCUCUUCUCGCUGCUGUUAGAACUUUCAUCUCUGACUGAUACAACCGAUCCUCUGUUGACUCUUUCAUCUUUGUCGUCUUCCUGUCUUGUAUCUCUCGCGAUCGCAACCGGGGAGACUGCUAAAACACUGGCCACGGCGAACUGUCUCCUGCUGCCCCCGAACAGUCAGCUGACACUUCCGACGCCACUGAUUCUGAUAGCGCUACAGCGUGCAAUACACUCCCUGCUGUGUGCAUCGCAGAAACUCCCCAGGUGGCUGGAUCAAGGCGUCCCCGCCAACCCAGUGCUCAGAUAUCGAGUGAAAUUCCCUCAGGAGUCGAACUCUAGAAAAGAAGGUUGCUGUCUUGCCUCCGAUGGAUCCUUCCUCUAUCUCUUGAAAGGAGGCGUCCUCUACAAGAUCACAACUGGUUUCGGAGAUUCCCAAGAGGGUCAAGUUACUGUGAUGAGUCGUCAGUUGAGUCAAGAGAACGUCGUAUGGAUCGGAGUUUGUGCUGGGUACCUUCUCGCUGUCACGAUAAAGGACGAAAAAUCUGUAGCUUUAAAGCUCGAUAAGGAUACUCUACAAGUUGUCAAGAAAUUCGUUCUACAGAAACAAGUGCAAUUACCCAACACUCUCUUCAGCGACGGUCAAGCACUGUGCUGCAUCGUUCCUCAUGAUGAUCUCUUCACGGUGAAAACAAUUUAUCGACCGUGUCCGGAGAUGGAAGACAGAACGACGGAAACUGUCUUGAAACUGACGAAAAAGUCUCUGCUCGUUUUCGGCCAGGGAGUCAUAUCAGAAACGCAUAGAACAGAGAAGUCGGACGAUAAGAAACCCAUUGUUCUAAGUGUGAAUUCAGGCGAGGAGCCCGAAAUGGUGACAUGUGGAAAAGAUUUCGGUCUGGCUAUCGGUAGUUCCGGUAAUGUCUAUGCCACCGGGAGAGUGAUAGGCUUGGGCGUUAAACAAGGCAACUCCCGGUGGUCCGAUAUGAAACUGUCCGCGAAACGUAUUGCGGUGGGUCACGACGGAAGCCAUGCCGUUUUUAUCACCCCCGAGGGCAGCGUGUACUUUGCGGGAACAGCUCGCCGAGGAGAAGAUGGGGAACCGGUCAAGGGAAAGGGACAGCCACGAACAAUCAAGCCUCGUCGGAUCGCUAAAAUGGAGGGAGUGGAAGCGGUGGACAUCGCAUGCAAUAACGGAACUACUGCCAUCGUCUCAAAUACCGGAGAUUUGUAUCUGUUCGGAAAAGACGCUCUCGGACAUGCCGAGCCAAAUUCCGGGCUGGUCAAUACAGGUGUCAAAGAAGUCACGCAGGUGUGUUUGGGCAAAGCCCACGGUGUCGCCGUCACAAGCAACGGAUCGGUUUACACUUUCGGAGUCAACCACAAGGGUCAAUGCGCGAGAGAACUCGCCUCAAGCGCGGCUCUAGUUUCCGCGGAUCUUUCGGAGAAUUCAAUAACGACGGCAAGCAGUGCGGAUUCCUUGGUGGACCCCAGCAGUGAACUCGCAGCGGCAGCCGUGGUGGUCACAGAUAAGGAGACGUCGAAAGACAAGGCCUCUGCGGAUGGUCAAGCUUGUCCACCGCACCAAUUCGCAUCGCAAGACUGCAAAAUCUGCAGAACGUGUUUACAAUGUACGGGUUACGGUUCUCAAUGCAUUGCGUCCAUGGGCUUGCCGGCGGAUUCCCAGCGAUUACCCGGAGACCUAUGCGGUUGCGGUGUCGGGGACGCUGGCUGUGUUCGAUGUGGAUCGUGUAGAGUAUGUGCCAACCGGGUGGGAGCAGAAGCGCCGAGUCAACCGAAAGCAGCUCCGAGUAUUGCCCCAGUCGUACCGAUAUCUUGUGAACAGAACCAGAGAUUGGCGGCGGCGAUGAAUGCACAAGUAGCUGGCGGAGACGGAUUCGUAGUGAUAAGGAAAAUGCCGGAAAGGAUGCGGAGACGCGAGGAGUUCUCCCCGUCUUAUUCGAUAGCCCGCUCGAGGGAUCGCGAUAGGGACGACGGCAGCCGAAGAUUUCAACGAAAAUCAGGAAAAGGGAGAGAUGGUCCACUGCAUAGAUUUCAGCAAAUCGGGGACCCCGUUAUCAUCAAUAAUCUCCGAUGCGCGUCCGGUGUUGGGAGCUCCCGCGAAGAUCUCUCUUCGUCGUCCGACGCGGCACAUCAACUCGCGGAUGUUGAUUGUGGAAAAUUAGCCUCGCUCCCUGCAGUGAAACUGAAUUUAGCUCACAAAGUACUACAAGCUGCCACCGGCGUCCACCACACCGUUCUGCUCCUAGAGACCGGGAAUGUGCUGACAUUCGGUAACAAUCAGCACGGUCAGCUCGGCCAUGGUCGACAAUCGAGUGCAUCUUUCGUCCAGGGUCUACCAGGUCAAUCGAAAGUCGUCCAGGUUGCCGCUGGUAGCAAUCAUACCGUGAUGCUCCUCAACAAUGGGGCGGUGUACACAUGCGGAAGUUUUCAGAAAGGACAAUUAUGUCGCACAGAAGAGGAUUUCGUGACCUCGGCAGACGCGUCAUGGAACUCAAUGGCAGGGCCCGUGCCGUGGAACGCCGUGGCGGGACCAGUCCCCGGUAUCGGUGCGCCUAACGCGAAGAAAGCCACGUGGAUCGGGGCUUCCGGCGACCAUACCUUCCUUAGAAUCGAUGAAAGUCUAAUCGAUUCGAGAUGCCUUUCCUCGGCGAUCGUGACCGCGACGCGUCAAGUGAUCUCCAUCAUCCCCGAUCCGUCGACAAGCGAUUACAGCACUUUGAUGAUGAAUCGUCAGAACGGUGUCUGCAAGGGUCAUCCGGGACCUCAUCUCCUGAGCGAGGAAGAUUGUGUCACGUUCGAUCACGUCUACGACCUUCUUUGGAGUUACAAUCGGAAAAGUCAGAUGAUUAGUAUUUAUCAUACGAAAUCUGACCUUCCCCUCGCCGCCACAGUCCCGUCGCUCAGCGAAUUCCCCAUUACUCGUCAGCACGCGGCUCUGAGCCUUAUUCAUUUUUUGGACCUUGCCGCAAAGAAUCCCCGUGAGCACAGCGACGACCGAGCCUCGGAUCCUCAGGCUCUUCACCGGAGUCGUCGCUCUUUCGCCAAGGACGAUUUUUCCAUCGUAAAUCGCUUCGACAGCCAUGGUGGAGGAUGGGGUUAUUCGGGAUGUUCUAUCGAAGCGAUCCGCUUCAUGGCAGACACCGAUGUUCUACUCGGCGGGCUCGGAUUGUUCGGAGGCCGCGGGGAAUAUCUGGCUAGAUUGCGGAUCUACGACCUCGGUGACGACGGCGGGGACAACGAACCCGAAGGGGAAAUUCUCAUAGACAUGGACGACAGAACUUACGAGUGUCCAGCGCGGCACAAAUACUCGAUGAUGUUCGAUGACCCCGUUCCCAUCCAGGCGAACCGCUGGUACCUCGCUUGGGCGAGGAUAAGCGGACCUUCAUCGGACUGCGGAUCGCUGGGACAGCACGUCGUCGUAACAGAGGACCAAGUGACAUUUUCGUUCAAGAGCUCGAAGAGAUCCAAUAAUGGUACUGAUGCGAACGCCGGACAGAUCCCGCAACUUUUGUAUAGAUUGAUGAGCCCCGAAUCCGGAUCGAACCGAGCGCUGGGUCUAUCUGAGGACGGCAAUGAGCCCGCUUAUACGUUGAGUAAGGAUUUCGCCACCGGCAUCAACUCCGCGUGUUUUCAUUGGCUACUCACCCACCUCAAAUGGAUCUGGAAGGAGCUCCAGCAGGGACCCUGCGUGAUCGGUGACCGAUUAUCGAAACCUGCACUGAGUCUGCUGCGCCAAUAUAUUUCACAAGUCUACCCUCUAGUCGCAAACUCGUCCACGGGUGAUAUUGAGCCGCUGUGCAGAGCCAUAUGGAUGUGCAGGAUGAUCCUGAAACAAAUUCUCAUGACGUCGGCCAACGAGCAUCAGCCCGCUCUCCGGCGAUUCAUCACAGAGUGCAGUAUAACAUUCUCCCAUUGUUACCAAGCGUUUUAUCCGACCGACAGCUUGAAAUGGCAAGGACUCUGCGAGCUGCUCCUCCAUGAACAACGGUCGGCAGAGGUGAGUCCGCAGUCGAAAUCAUGCUCAGCCCCUGAGAGGGAGUUCACCCGGUUACUAGCUGUGAUUUUCGGUGCUUUGGGGAAAUCGCCCUCAUCUUCACUGGCCACAUUCCUUCCCCAUCAAUUGUCCAAGAUUGUCUACAAUGAGCGUCCGACGCCAGCGCUCGCUCCGCCUCAGAGUCCCCCAGGGAGUCCUAUGUCCGGAAAUUUCCAUAUGCCAACGCGCAGUGAAAGUAGUGAAGGCCCAGCGCUGCACGGAAGGCUCCUCAACGAAGCGCUGUCGGUUCGAGACCCGGACGACAUGAGACUCUCGGGAACUUUGACUUUCAAGGACGUCGUCGAUAAGCUCAUACAGAUUGUUGUGAACCCACUAGCAAUAUUGGUAGGCCACGGGGAGCGAUCGGUUUGUCCUCCGCAGUUGGUGGACAAUGCCUGCAAACUCUUGGUGGCGAUCAUCAGCGAACUUUCCACCAGAGUUGCCAUUGAAAAACCGCAUGCCGACGCUCCGGGUCACAGUAAUUUGAGCUCGAUGACCCCGCUUGUGACACCGACUCGAUUCAAGAGAGUUCAAAUGGGACGCACAUGGAACACCGGGAACGGCAGCCCCGAUGCGAUAUGUUUCACUGUCGAUAGAUCCGGAAUCAGUAUCGCUGGAGCUACAAUCUACGGCGCAUCGAAGGCGAGUUCGGAUUGGGUCUACGAGCUGGACCUCCUCGAUUUUUCCGCAGCCGGACCGAGUGCAGAUCUGGCAGUUGAGCGGUGGGCCGCGAUCGAAACUGUGAGCGGCAACUUCGCUCCUGACGAUUGUACCGACGAACUGUUCGAGAUCCGAUUCGAACGGCCUGUUCCUAUCAGGAAAAAUACACGGUAUGCCCUCCGGCUUCGGAACCACGGAGCGAAAACGAACAGCGGAGAUUGUGGGGUUCCACAUGUCAAGGGUCCCGAUGGGACGACGUUCUUCUUCAUCGACUGCACCCUCAGUUUCAAUGGUACAAAUCAAACGAGAGGUCAGAUUUCCCAGAUCCUCUACCACAACACCCCGGUAGCAUUGAAUGCGAACUUAGCUUCGGGGGCUUCACAUGCAUCCGAAGUGACUGUGCCAGAUGUUGUCAGAGAAGCGGUCGACACAACGCUGACGAUAAGCACUUCGUUGGUGGAGAUCUCGCACGAGUUCAUGGCCAGGGCGGUGGAAUCAUUGGAGGACAACCAAAAACUGGUCGAAUUGGAGAGCACAAAACUGGUGUCAUCGCUGCUGCCGGCCGUGUUCUCGCAAUUAGUCAAAAUCGCCUCGACGGACACCUCGACCGCGGUGCGAGUCCUAUCUCUAGUCAAAACCUUGCUGGGGAACGUAGUCACCAUCAGCAAGAAACUGGGGCCAAAAAGUCCCGAGAAAAGCCGAGACGAAAGAUUCUACGCUAUCGUCGAGUCGGAUCACCCCUACAAAGCAGCGAAUGUGUCUCGAUAUAAAAUCCAAUUCCCCGACGAAGUCGAUUGGAUAACCGUGGAAUUCGAUCCAAAGAGCUGCACCGCCCAGCCCGAAGAUUAUCUCCAAAUAUAUUGCGCUACGCUGAAGAACAUGGAAGAAGAGAAAACAGAGGAAGUCGAUGUGAAUCAAUACUGGGCGGUUCUUCGUCGAUUUUCCGGCUGCGAGGGCUGGCCGACGAACGCUGUUGUCCUCCCAGGCAACGCGUUGCUGUUCUCUUUGGAAAGUGCGUCCGAGUACGCCAGGGAUGAGAAAAGUACAAACUACGGUUUCCGGUGCCAGGUCGUCGGACACUGCGGGACGUCGGAGAACUCGAAUGGCUUCGCUCAUCUCGAGAAGGAGUUGGCGCAUCUUGGUGGAGAAUGCUGUUCUGCCCUUCUCAAGCAAGAUCCGGUGUUUUUGAAAAACGGAAUGGAAUUCGAUCCAGCCGUGAUUGAAACCUUCAAAACGUAUCCGGAGAUCCUGGGCCGCGGACCACCUCUCGAAAGGUGUCCGAACAUCGACGAAGCCCUCUCGGGGAACAUCCCAACUCAAGCUGAUUGCAGCGAAAAGAAGUUCCUCAAAGAUUUUAUCUCGGCCGAGCCCGGUACAGCGGGCUCGAAACUGGUCAUGUGGCUCCAACCUGAGUCUUUCGUCGACCCCCAGAAAUGCGAACUGGUUUUCAACAAAGAAGAGUUGCAAAGCGGGAGCUCGUCGGCAAUCAAUGUUGUCGUCAAGGACCAGUAUGGCAAAACUUGCUCAGUUUCGAACGUCAAGGUUGAGAUAUUCGCAGUGCUGCUCGGCUGCGGUCCUUCAACCGUUCAGAUGAACCAGACGAGAAGGGGCGAUCUCACUUUCGGUGGCCUCCCAGCUCCUUGCACAGAAACUCCCUACGAGGCAUCGGUGAAGGAGAAGAUGAUCUACCAUUCGAUCACCAUGAUGAAAGCCUACGAAAAGUACUCUUUCGAAGAACUCCGUUUCAUGUCUCCGAAGAAACAAGCAACCGAAAGCCUAAUGGUCAGCCAAGCAGGGGAGCUGUACACAGCCAACUGGACGCCAUCGAGCGUAGGUCGUUUCGAGCUCAAAGCUCUCAUCGACGGUUACCCAGUAACCGGCGAAGAUUCCAUCAUCGAGGUUCGUGAGCUCCCCCAUGGCAAGACUUUCGCUCAGCCGCCCCCUCAAACUAAGUCCAAAGGCUCCUCGGCCAUGUCUAAGGUCCGGAAGUUCGUCGGAAUCGAUUCCCAAGGACUCCGAAUCCGGAAGAGUCCGAGUCUCCAAAGCGAUCAGAUCGGCGUCGUGCCGGCAAACGGUCACAUAACGUUCAUCGACGCGGUCCAAAAUGAUGACGGUAUCUGGGUGAGAUUAACACCGGAAAGCGCGCAUCAAUACUGCCGUAGACUGACUCUGUCACAAGCGCACGAGGCGUGGUGCCUCCAGUACCACAAACAUUUUUCAAGAACACUUCUUGUCGCCGCUGAGGAUAAAAUCGGUGAAGAUGGCAAAAACGUGAACGGUUUAACCGCGGACGCCAAAGAAAUAUACGUCCGGAAAGGUCCUGGAACCUAUCUCGUUGUCAAUAGCGGGACCUCUGGGCACAACAUACGCUCCAGAGCGUCCCUAAGGUCCGGACCCCCGAUCGGUAUGUUGGUCAUGGGGAACUACGUCACGGUCAAUGAGGAUCUGGUCAAUAACGAUGGGCUGUGGCUCAAACUCUCUAAAGAUUCGAUGCAGCAUUACUGUACGACCACCGACGGAGACGCGUGGACUCUCGCCCAGAGCUCAAUUGCAGCGGGGAGCUUGGUUUUCCUACAGCACGAGAGCGAAGUGCUCUCCGACGAGGCUGCGAGCGAGACCGAGGAAACCAACACAACCACCACACGAGCCGAGAAGAACUCCGAGAGGAGUAAGGGCUUCGAUCUCUCGGGGACGUCGCAGGGUUUCCUGACGUCUGGGUCCGGGAAUUCCGAGCACGACGCGUGCUCGUCCGGGUCCGUGAGUCCUUUCGUGUUCGGAAGCUUGUCAUCCACCCCAUCGACUUCGCUCCACACGCUCAACACUGUGAGCGAAGCCGCCGGGUACGAAGAAUCACCGAAAGCACCUCAGACGACUCCGCAGCAGCCAAUGCCCCCUCAGAGUUCAGACGAGCAUUCGAAAACGGUUCUGCAAAGAUGGUUGAAGAACAAUGAGGACCACAUCGCAGAAACGCGAGCCAGGGACAAUUUCAACCCAGUUCCGGCUGAACUCCAGGGAGUCUCCGUCAAGGAGCUCGUCAAGGCCAUCGGGGAGAGCCGGGCCAACGGCAAUGGCGCCACACCACCGGCCACUCCGCCGAAAACUUCCCCGACGCCUCGUCGUCGAGCGUCGUCCCCCCGAGCAGCGGCGAAAGUGUUUUCGGAUCAGCCAAUCACGGCAUCAGGCCAUAGAACGCCGCAGCCGGUGUCUCCUCAGCUUGCAAAAUGUCUCCAGGAGGAAUUGAGCAUAGCGCCGCCGAUGAGGAGCUCCAGCAGUCCAUCGAAGUCGGCAGCUUCCCCCGCGCCGAGCAGCAGUGGAUCGUCAACAUCGACCGUCAGAUCCGUGAAGAGAAUCGCGCCCAUUGAAGCUCUGGCGCCGUCGGUCGCUCAGUCGAUCCGAGCUGUUUUCGCUGCAGUUCUCUGGUUCGAGGGCUUGACAGCGGAAGCUAUGAAAACGACCGCCGAUCUGAGCCUCAACAAGGACAACGCCCCUCUCUUGGAGUCGAGUGCGGCCGAUAAAGGACCGAAAUCACAAUUCGUAGCCUUGUGGAACAACAUUCUCUCCCUCUGCAUGAGUUCUUUCAACACGAAGAACGGGCCACCGUCCCUCAAGGACGAACCCGAUGUCACGCAGAAAGAUCGGAAGCGAGGUGCGAGCGUCAGCAAGAGACCCACUGCUCCGAACAUGUUCGGGAACUCAGCGGUGGAAGCUUGCUCGACCCCCGGGUCAAUGGUAGGUUUCUGUGACAUGUGCGACGUGGCGGGACACCAAGCCAUAACCCAGCACAUGAGAACCGCUCAUCAAGGAUGCGGCGGUCCCUCGAAAGGCAAAGGCUACAACAGUAUCGGAAACUACUGCGGGGGUUGGGCCGGUAACUGUGGUGACGGUGGGACGGUGACGUCCUGUUGGUAUCUCUUGUGCGAAGAAUGCCGCUCGAAACAUAAGGAAAACGACGCGAAACGGAAACAAUGCCAGAACGCCAUACUCAGCGGAAAGAUCGUGUCGGGGAGCACAGUUCUCUCACCGAUCGAUCUGCAAGAGAAACAUAAAGUAGCUAUGCAGAAUUCUCUAUUUGUUUUGAGUCUAUCGAGUCUUUCGAACUGUGAUAAACUUCUGUCGUUGGAAAGCAAUCCAUUCGGAAUGGACAGGGCUGACGUGCAAUUCGCCUCCCUCGACUCGCUGGGAGCCUGCGCCCAGAAGACCAAGGCGACCCAGGACGGUGACCAGCAGCUAAUAGAGCAGUUCGCCCACGACUACCUGUCUCAGGGCGCCGUAGCCGAACUGCUCUCCACGGAACGAGCACGACACUCCAUGCCACCGGUCAUGGUCAACAAUCCGAGCGGCGCGUCGACACCUCUCGGUGUUCAGAAAACGUUCCAUAGAUCAGUCUCGAUAUCCGUCGCUGACUGGAGACCGAGCAGACCUUCUCCGGAAUCGGCGCCGUCCGGAACUUCGGAGGACGAUCGGCUCGCAGCGGUGGUCAAGAACAGCACCGGGUCGCCCGUUGUCAACUUCAUCAUGUCUUUCUGCUCGGACAUCAAUGCGCUAACGGCAACGAUGAUCGAGGCUAUCCGGAGACUGGCCUGUCGAGUUUAUGCGCUGCAGGCCAUGAGAUGGCUCCUGCACAGCGUAUCGCAGCCGACGUGUCUGCACGACAUACUGUGGUGCUUCGUCAGUUCGCUCAGUAGCGGCACCACUAAUCCGGAUAAAGAUGACGAGAAUGUCUGUCUCUGUAAUCAUCCCCUUGAGGAUCUGGCUUUCGCCUGUGACCAGCAUAUGGCGUUUCCACUCCAAGCGACCUUCCAUCAAUUCUUGGAAUCGAUCUCGAAUCUUAUGGCCCAUCUGCAAACGCCAUCGGCCCUGCAGCAGAUGGCGGUGCGAUGCUGGUGUCUCAGAUUCACAGCUCAAGAUCAUCUGUUCCUGCACUCGUCGCAGGUCUUCUCGAACAUCUCGAAGAUCCUCAGCCACUCGGAAGAAGCCUCCGUGUAUUCUCAACGAGAUCACGAUGAUAUGCACGGAGUGAACAUAUUCCACCUGCAGGAUGUCUCGUCCCAGUGCGAGAUCUCGACAUCCUCGAGACCAGCGAUGGUCAAUUCAUUGCUCGACAACUCGACCGAAACAUUCUGGGAAUCAUCGGAUGAGGAUCGGAACAAAACGAAAUUCAUCCAGAUCAAGGGAGCUCAAGGUGUCAACAUUCAUUACGUUGCCGUUCAUAUCGACAACAGCCGUGACAUACAGAAUAGAGUGAAUCAUAUAGCUUUCAAGACAGGAGAUGAGACUUCCCUGAACAAGAUUAAGAGCGAGGAUGUUAGUUUGCGUCAUGUUGGGUGGAUCGGAGUGGAUGUUGAAGGUGGGAAAGUUGUUCGAAUCGAGCUCAAAGGCCCCGAUAAUUCUCUCAGAGUACGCCAAGUCAAAGUACUCGAUCAUCCCGUUCCAAUCGUUAAUGGUAUGAUGACGGCGGACGCGAUUCAGCACUCGAAUUGCGAAGCAGAAACCUUGAAAGUAUUCCGUCUGCUGACCUCUCAAGUUUUCGGAAAAUUGAUAUCCGGGGACGCAGCCACGUCGUCCGGCGAUGGCAGCAAUGAUCUCAAAGAGCAUAUGGUGGGGAUCCUGUUCAGCAGGAACAAUCUCACCCACCUGCAGAAGCAGGUUUGCUCGCAUAUCGUAGCGACGAUCAAGAAGGAGACGCAGAGAGUGCGCGAAGAGUGGGAGGUAUCCUUGUCUUCUAGUUCGCCUCAACUAGCGCCUCAAUCAGAUGCAUACUGCUUCGAAAUGCUGUCCAUGGUGCUUGCCCUCUCCGGAUCGUCGGUCGGCCGAGCCUACCUGGCGCAACAGGCCGGGCUCCUGAGAGAUCUUUUCUCCCUCCUGCACACGGGCUCGGCUCGAGUACAGCGCCAGGUCACCUCCCUCCUGCGGAGAGUCUUGCCCGAGGUUUCUCCCCAAGUACUCGCGUCGAUCCUACAAGUUCCUCUGCUGCCUUCAGAAGAUUUUACCAGCAUUCACGGAAACAGCGACGACGGUCGACAGGACCUGUUCGAUACGCAGAGGCCCGGAAUCCUCGAUGUUCUCUUGGCUUGCAUCGCCAAGGCCGUCACGGUUCAGAUCAAGACGAAAAUCAGCGCUGUCAACGAUCAGAGCAAGAAAAACGCCUCGACUGCAGUUAGUCUCGCAACGACGAUCCAUCCAAAGGACGACGUCGGCACUCGAUGGUGGCUGAGGGGCUGCUCGACCCGAAAACAUGCUCAGAUGAUAAUUCAGCUGAUUCGGGACAUGUGUGCGGGACUUCUGACCGAACAAUGGGCCAGAGUGGCUAAAAGCGCCAUCGCCGAGAAUAUCCUGAAUCUCACUCGUCUCGAUAGAAGGUUCAGAUCCCGGCCUCAGGACUGCAUCAAAACUCCGACGCUCUGGCUGUGUCUUGCGUCGCUUUGCGUCGUGGAUAAGGAACACGUCGAUCGACUCUCGUCCGGUCAAUGGAAUCGUAAAGAUUCUCAGCAAGAGAAGCCACUUUGUGAGAAUCAUGACGACGGUGAGACAACGGCCAUGAUUUUCUGCAAUAGUUGUGGGAAUCUCUGUUGCGAGUGUGAUCGUUUCCUCCACCUGAACCACAAGAAGACUAAAAGCCACAGUCGACAAGUUUUCAAAGAAGAGGAAGACGCCAUCAAAGUCGAUCUGCACGAAGGAUGUGGCCGCACGAAGCUCUUCUGGCUGAUCGCAUUAGCUGACUCCAACACCCUGAAAGCCAUGGUUGAAUUCCGUGAGCAAAAUACCAAUUCGAAGGCAUCGGUGAACAUGUGCCGUUUCUGCAAAGCUACCACGUCGGGCCUGAGUGCGGUCUGCGGCGGAGCGGACUGCGUCGAACACGCCAAAAACGCUUGCACCAAAUUGCAUCCCUGCGGUCAUUAUUGCGGAGGGGUCCUCAACGACAAGGCCUGCCUGCCAUGUCUCUACGGAUGCCAGGGCAAAGACCUUCGGCAGGACGCGGACGACAUGUGCAUGAUCUGCUUCUCGGAAGCGCUGUGUUGCGCUCCCGUGAUCAGUCUCAGUUGCGGCCACAUGUUCCACCACCAGUGUACCGUGGACGCUCUGAGCCGAAAAUGGCCAGGCCCGAGGAUCACAUUCAACUUCGCUCUUUGCCCCAUCUGCAAAGCGCCCAUCGACCACCCGCUUCUCAAAGAGCAGUUGCAACCGGUCUGGGAACUGCAAGAAGAUGUCAAACGGAAGGCGCUAAUGAGACUCGAAUACGAAGGGCUGCACUCAAAGCUGUCUCAGGAAGAGAGGGCUUCCUACGCCAUGGAACGAUACGCUUAUUACGUGUGCUUCAAAUGCAACAAGGCUUACUUCGGGGGCGAAGUCCGUUGCGAACUAGAGGCGGACGUACACGACGACGGCUACGACGCGGCCGAGCUGGUCUGUGGGGCGUGUUCGGACGUGUCCUCAGCGCAGAUGUGUCCGAAACACGGGGCUGACUUUCUAGAAUACAAAUGCAGAUACUGCUGCUCGGUGGCGGUAUUUUUCUGCUUUGGUACAACGCACUUCUGCAAUCCGUGUCACGACGACUUCCAACGAGUCUUGAAAGUCCUGAAGAGUCAGCUGCCCACCUGCCCAGCCGGACCGAAACUCAAACAAUUGGAGGGCGACGAAUGUCCAUUACAUGUGAAACAUCCACCGACGGGAGAGGAAUACGCGCUCGGUUGCGGGGUCUGCAGAAAUGCUCACACCUUCUGAAGUGAUAGUUGAGCAGGAGGUCUCGUUUCGAGAACCGAGUUGCACGAGGUCAAGGCUCCCUCCUGUUUUAGUAGAAUGAAUUUCCCUGAUGAGUAUUACGAAUAAUGCAAUGUAAAAAGAGCGUGACUCAAUUUUCAGCUCCAAGGCGAUUAAUAGAUUGAUGUAAUUGUUAUUAUUUCCAAUUGAGAUCCCUACAUAUUUCCGAAGCCUAACCGAGAGGAUAUGUUCGAAUGGUCGGAAUCCCGCGACAGAUGAUUUUCGGAAACUCACCGCAUUCUUGAGCGAAGCAGCCGGAUGCUCGAGCGUCCGAAGCGGAUUACUAUGGACUUUCUGUCA